AUGUGCCGAAGCUCAUGUUGUUAUUUGCUCCAGAUACUUCAGACAGUGCGUGCCCCGGGACAGAAACAAGCUGCCGGGUUUGAGGUAAGAUUUUGCCUGCAUACGGUGUGUGACUGCGUGUACGUUCUGUGCUUGUACACCUGUAUCUGUAUGUACAGUCGUGGUCAAAGGUUUUGAGAAUGACACAAGUAUUGGUCUUCACAAAGUUCGCUGCUUCAGUGUUAUGAGAUAUUUCUGGCAGAUGUUACUAUGGUAUACUGAAGUAUAAUUACAAGCAUUCCAUAAGUGUCAAAGGCUUUUAUUGACAAUUACAUUAAGUUUAUGCAAAGAGUCAUUAUUUGCAGUGUUGACCCUUCUUUUUCAAGACCUCUGCAAUCCGCCCUGGCAUGCUGUCAAUUAACUUCUGGGCCACAUCCUGACUGAUGGCAGACCAUUCUUGCAUAAUCAAUGCUUUGAGUUUGUCAGAAUUUGUGGGUUUUUGUUUGUCCACCCACCUCUUGAGGAUUAACCACAAAUUCUCAAUGGGAUUAAGGACUGGGGAGUUUCCUGGCCAUGGACCCAAAAUGUCGAUGUUUUGUUCCCCGAGCCACUUAGUUAUUACUUUUGCCUUAUGGCAAGGUGCUCCAUCAUGCUGGAAAAGGCAUUGGUCCUCACCAAACUGUUCUUGGAUGGUUGGGAGAAGUUGCUCUCGGAGGAUGUGUUGGUACCAUUCUUUAUUCAUGGCUGUGUUCUUAGGCAAAAUUGUGAGUGAGCCCACUCCCUUGGCUGAGAAGCAACCCCACACAUGAAUGGUCUCAGGAUGCUUUACUGUUGGACUGACACAGGACUGAUGGUAGCGCUCACCUUGUCUUCUCCGGACAAGGUGUUAUCUGGAUGCCCCAAACAAUCGGAAAGAGGAUUCAUCAGAGAAAAUGACUUCACCCCAGUCCUCAGCAGUCCAAUCCAUGUACCUUUUGCAGAAUAUCAGUCUGUCCCUGAUGUUUUUCCUGGAGAGAAGUGGCUUCUUUGCUGCCCUUCUUGACACCAGGCCAUCCUCCAAAAGUCUUCGCCUCACUGUGUGUGCAGAUGCACUCACACCUGCCUGCUGCCAUUCCUGAGCAAGCUCUGCACUGGUGGUGCCCCGAUCCAGCAGCUGAAUCAACUUUAGGAGACGGUCCUGGUGCUUGCUGGACUUUCUUGGGUGCCCUGAUGCCUUCUUCACAACAAUUGAACCUCUCUCCUUGAAGUUCUUGAUGAUCUGAUAAAUGGUUUAUUUAGGUGCAAUCUUACUAGCAGCCUGUGAAGCCCUUUUUGUGCAAAGCAAUGAUGACGGCACGUGUUUCCUUGCAGGUAACCAUGGUUAACAGAGGAAGAACAAUGAUUUCAAGCACCACCCUCCUUUUAAAGCUUCCAGUCUGUUAUUCUAACUCAAUCAGCAUGACAGAGUGAUCUACAGCCUUGUCCUCGUCAACACUCUCACCUGUGUUAACGAGAGAAUCACUGACAUGAUGUCAGCUGGUCCUUUUGUGGCAGGGCUGAAAUGCAGUGGAAAUGGUUUUUUGGGAUUAAGUUCAUUUUCAUGGCAGAGGGACUUUGCAAUUCAUCUGAUCACUCUUCAUGACAUUCUGGAGUAUAUGCAAAUUGCCAUCAUCAAAACUGAGGCAGCAGACUUUGUGGAAAAUUAGUAUUUUGUAUGUGUCAUUCUCAAAACUUUUGACCACGACUGUAAUCCUUCUCCUUGCCACUCUCAUGUGGAGCUGAAUGAGAUUGAGUCGAGCUGCGAGGAGUAUCCUCUGACCAGAGCCUUCUGUCAGCUCAUCAGCACAUUGAUAGAGAUAAUAAUUACAAUUAUAAUUUAGCAUUAUUAUUAACACUGGAGUGAUAGAUGUGCAGAAGAUGAUGUGCAAAUAGAGAUACUGGGGUGCAAAUGAGCAAAAUAAAUACAAUGUAAAUAACAAUAUGGGGAUGAGGUAGUUGGGAGGGCUAAUUACAGAUGGGCUGUGUACAGGUGCAGUGAUCGGUAAGCUGCUCUGACAACUGAUGCUUAAAGAUAGUGAGGGAGAUAAGUGUCUCCAGCUUCAGAGAUUUUUGCAGUUUGUUCCAGUCAUUUAUAGCAGAUAACUGGAAGGAAUGGCGACCAAAGGAGGUUUUGGCUUUGUGGAUGACCAGUGAGAUAUACCUGCUGGAACGCAUACUACGGGUGGGUGUUGCUAUGGUGACCAAUGAGCUAAGAUAAGGCGGGGAUUUGCCUAGAAGGGAUUUAUAGAUGACCUGGAGCCAGUGGAUUUGGCGACGAAUAUGUAGUGAGGGCCAGCCAACGAGAGUGUACAGGUCACAAUGGUGGGUUGUAUAUGGGGCUUUGGUGACAAAACGGAUGGCACUGUGAUAGACUACAUCCAAUUAGCUGAUUAUAGUGUUGGAAGCUAUUUUGUAAAUGACAUCGCCGAAGUCAAGAUCGGUAGGAUAGUCAGUUUUACGAGGGCAUGUUUGGCAGCAUGAGUGAAGGAGGCUUUGUUGCGAAACAGGAAGCCGAUUCUAGAUUUAACUUUGGAUUGGAGAUGCUUAAUGUGAGUCUGGAAGGAGAGUUUACGGUCUAACCAGACACCUAGAUAUUUGUAGUUGUCCACAUAUUCUAAGUCAGAGCCGCCGAGAGUAGUGAUUCUAGUCGGGCAGGCGGGUGCAAGCAGCGUUCGAUUGAAGAGCAUUUAGUUUUACUAGUGUUUAAGAGCAGUUGGAGGCCACGGAAGGAGUGUUGUAUGACAUUGAAGCUCGUUUGGAGGUUUGUUAACACAGUGUCCAAUGAAGGGCCAGAUGUAUACAAAAUGGUGUCGUCUGCAUAGAGGUGGAUCUGAGAGUCACCAGCAGCAAGAGCGACAUCAUUGAUAUACACAGAGAAUAGAGUCGGCCCGAAAGUUGAACCCUGUGGCACCCCCAUAGAGACUGCCAGAGGUCCAGACAACAGGCCCUCCGAUUUGACACAUUGAACUCUCUCUGAGAAGUAGUUGGUGAACCAGGCGAGGCAGUCAUUUGAGAAACCAAGGCUAUUUAGUCUGCCAAUAAGAAUGCGGUGAUUGAGUCAAAAGCCUUGGCCAGGUCGAUGAAGAUGGCUGCACAGUACUGUCUUUUAUCGUUCGCGGUUAUUAUAUCGUUUAGGACCUUGAGCGUGGCUGAGGUACACCCAUGACCAGCUCGGAAACCAGAUUGCAUAGCGGAGAAGGUAUGGUGGGAUUCUAAAUGGUCGGUGAUCUGUUUGUUAACUUGGCUUUCAAAUACUUCGAAAGGCAGGGCAGGAUGGAUAUGGGUCUGUAACAGUUUGGAUCUAGAGUGUCAACCCCUUUUGAAGAGGGGGAUGACCGCGGCAGCUUUCCAAUCUCUGGGGAUCUCAGACGAUACGAAAGAGAGGUUGAACAGGCUGGUGAUAGGGGUUGCGACAAUUUUGGCGGCUAAUUUUAGAAAGAAAGGGUCCAGAUUGUCUAGCCCAGCUGAUUUGUAGGGGUCCAGAUUUUGCAGCUCUUUCAGAACAUCAGCUAUCUGAAUUUGUGUGAAGGAGAAGCGGGGCGGGCAUGGGCAAGUUGCAGCGGAGGGUGCAGAGCUGGUGGCCGGGGUAGGAGUAGCCAGGUGGAAAGCAUGGCCAGCCGUAGCAAAAUGCUUGUUGAAAUGUUCGAUUAUCGUAGAUCUAUUGGUAGUGACAGUGUUUCCUAGACUCAAUGCAGUGGGCAGCUGGGAGGAGGUGCUCUUAUUCUCCACGGACUUUACAGUAUCCCAAAACUUUUUGGAGUUAGUGCUACAGGAUGCAGAUUUCUGUUUGAAAAAGUUAGCCUUUGCUUUCCUAACAGCUUGUGUAUAUUGGUUCCUGACUUUCCCUGAAAAGUUGCAUAUCGCGGGGGCUGUUCGAUGCUAAUGCCGUACGCCACAGGAUUUCUUUUUGCUGGUCAAGGGCAGUCAAGUCUGGGGUGAACCAGGGGCUAGCUGUUCUUAGUUCGGAAUUUUUUGAAUGGGGCAUGCUUAUUUAAGAUGGAGAGGAAAGCACUUUUAAAGAACAACCAGGCAUCCUCUACUGACGGAAUGAGGUCAAUAUCCAUCCAGGAUACCCAGGCCAGGUCAAUUAGAAAGGCCUGCUCGCUGAAGUGUUUUAGGGAGCAUUUGACAGUGAUGAGGGGUGGUCGUUUGACCGCGGACCCAUUACGGACGCAGGCAAUGAGGCAGUGAUCGCUGAGAUCCUGGUUGAAGACAGCAGAGGUGUAUUUAGAGGGUAAAUUAGUCAGGAGGAUAUCUAUGAAGGUGCCCAUGUUAACAGAUUUAGCGUUGUACCUUGUAGGUUCCUUGAUAAUUUGUGUGAGAUUGAGGGCAUCUAGUUUAGAUUGUAGGAUGGGCAGGGUGUUAAGCAUAUCCCAGUUUAGGUCACCAAGCAAUACUCUGAGGAUAGAUGGGGGGCAAUCAAUUCACAUAUGGUGUUCAGGGCACAGCUGGGGGCUGAGGGGGGUCUGUAGCAAGUGGCAACGGUGAGAGACUUAUUUCUGGAAAGGUGGAUUUUUAGAAGUAGAAGCUCAAACUGUUUGGGCACAGACCUGGAUAGUAUGAUAGAGCUCUGCAGGCUAUCUCUACAGUAGAUUGCAACUCCGCCCCCUUUGGCAGUUCUAUCUAGACGGAAAAUGUUGUAGUUGGGAAUGGACAUUUCAGAAUCUUUGGUGGCCUUCCUAAGUCAGGAUUCAGACACUGCUAGAACAUCAGGGUUGGCUGAGUGUGCUAACACAGUGAAUAACUCAAACUUAGGGAGGAGAUCACACUUAGCUAGUGAAAUUGUCAGCACUUUCUCUCAGAUGCCAUGUGUUUUACUACUACUACCUAUUUCAGUUUUGUCUCACUCCCCACCCCCUCUCUCCCGUCCCCUCUCCACCACCCCUGCCCUUUACCAGUGGGAGGUAUCGGAUGUUGUUCUGGAGGUGUUCCACAAGCUACUGUGGGACUACGAGCCCCAGCCGUCUGACUUUAUCCAGGAGACGGUGGAGCUGCAAGGGGAGCAGGUACUGGCCCACAAGCCCCCCCGGCCACAGCCUCAUGUUCCACCUGCUCAAUGACUCGCCCAUCCUGACUCUGCCUCAGCCUGCUGGAGGAGGGCGUAUGUCAGCUAGACACCUACGCCCCCUUCCCUGGUCAGUACACACACACACCUGCUAUAGUUAGCUGCUGUGUCUGUAGUGGUGUCUCUCAUUCCAAAAUCUUGUUUGUACCCUGUUUGCAUCCCUGUUAGCAUUGUGUGAGGAGGGGAGCAUUCACCAGAGUUGGGUUUGAGUUGAUCAAGUUUCUAGUAUCUUCUUAGGUCGCGUAAUUGGAUGGCUCACAUUUCCGGUAUCUCGAGAUUAUAUUUCUUUACAUCCGCUCAUCCCUCUUGGUACUAUUCCUGUCUGACUUGCAGGUAAGAAGCAGUUGGAGUCUGCAGUGCUGCACUGCCUGUCUCUGCUGGACCUGGCCCUGCAGAAGACCUGGCCCUCCACUGCAUUCUCCCGAGUGGCGCAGUGGUCUAAGGCACUGCAUCGCAGUGCUAGCUGUGCCACUAGAGAUCCUCGUUCAAAUCCAGGCUCUGUCGUAGCUGUCCGUGACCGGGAGACCCAUGGGGCGGCGCACAAUUGGCCGGCAGGGAUGUAGCUCAGUUGGUAGAGCAUGGCGUUUGCAACGCCAGGGUUGUGGGUUCGAUUCCCACGGGGGGCUAGUAUGAAAAAUAAAAAAAUUAAUGUAUGCACUCACUAACUGUAAGUCGCUCUGGAUAAGAGCGUCUGCUAAAUGACUAAAAUGUAAAAUGUAAAUGUAAAAUGAGGUGGUGUUCAUGGACCUGCUGAGAGAGAGCCAGGCCUCCCUCAUCGUCUCCCCCCUGGAGCAGCUCCUGCAGGGGGUCAGUGCCCAGAGCCGCCGGGCUGACCACAUCGUCAACAUCGCCAGGUACUGGAACACUCACCUCAAUCUCACCUUACCAGGUACUACACACCAGGAAGAGACUUUUAGCUAAAUCUGGGAUUUACUCAGAAAUGUUGACUUGUGUUGAAGUACAUUGUCCCUGUCAAAUGAACACAAUACAGUAAAAUUCCCUCUCAAGCCCAAAAAGGCCCAUAGCCCAAUUUUUUGUCUUAGGCCCAAAGGUAAAAGUCAGGCCCAUAAACCUCCACUUCCUAUUCCCUGGUUGUGUUUGUCCCUGGCAGGUACCUGUACCACAGCAGCUCCAAUCCGGAGGCGGCCUUCCAGAGCACUAAGAUCCUGCGGCGCAUAGCCCGCUACCCCAACAUCCAGAACAGGCUGGUGGGAGACUUCACACAUGACCAGGCUGUGAGUGACAAGCUAAUGGCUGGCUUUGAGGAGUGUCUGGACAGCGAGGGGGCUGAGGAGGGCUUGGAGAAAGGAGACGGUAAGUCACACUCUCAUUCUAUCAACAUCAACAAUGUCUAUCUCUUAACUGAGUGUGAAUGAUGUCCAUCCUGCCCAUUUAGUCACUGACUCAAACCUGCCCAUUCCGUCACUGGCUCAACACGUCCGUUCAGUUACUCCAACUCACCACCUCUCCUUUCACUUGCUGCCCCCCAGACUCUGAGCCAGCCAAGAAAGAGGCGAGGAUCCGCCAUGAGACCCAGAUCCACAUCCUGAACCUUCUGAUCACCUCCCUGGAGCUGAAGGCCCCCAACCUGGCCCUCUACCUGCUGGGCUAUGAGGUCAAGAAGCCCAUCUCCUCGACCAACCUACAGGAUGCAGGUCAGCACCAGCUGCGCCUUCUCUUACAUGCUGGGUUGGAUUCAAUAGGGCAUUCACAGUAGCAAAACCAGGGCCGGCCCACUCAUCAGGCAGGGUUAGGGUCAGGCAGGGUUAGGGUCAGGCAGGGUUAGGGUCAGGCAGGGUUAGGGUCAGGCAGGGUUAGGCGGCCGCCUAUGGCAGCAGAUUGACGAGAGCAGCAUUUUUUGAGCUAAACUGACCAAGACGCACCUCCAACAACACAUAAAACCUUACAUAAUUCUGCCCAAAAACAAUGACAAUUUCUCUCAAACAGUGGCAUAUGGGCUUUUUAGGUGAGCGAUGAUGCCGCCCUGUGAUAAGCAGUGCCAACUUUGUCAAAGGCAGGGGAGCAAAAUAUUUAGCUUUUCCAUUCCCAGUGCGCCUCUCCAGGGUGCUUUUGGAGAGACUCAUCGCCGUGGCGCUCCACCAACGUUCUGUAAAAAAACAUAAAUCUAUCAUAAAUCAUGUAGCAGAUAUAGCCAGAGUAAAUCAUGAGCCAAUCACAAUAAUUAAAACAAAACUUUUUAUCAAAACCGCAUGAAGCGAAUGGACUUGAAAACGGGUGGUAUAGCUUACUCUCACAUGCGAUGUGGUUCGACGCGAACACUGACAUUUUGCCAAGGCAGAGAUGGGUGGCCGGCACCGAAACGCAUAAAUUCUGGCCUAAUGACAAUAGCCACAUUUGUCAUUAGCCUACAGUUUUCUGUGUUUUAUUUAACAGAUGUCUCUUUCCAUUCACCACUGUUUGGAGGCUGGAAAUAUGUUGCGAGUGGAUGAACGUGUGCAGGUAGUCUAUGAAGGAGCCCUUUGAAGGGAUUGUUUGACAAUCAGAUGAAAACAUCUUGACUGGUUGUAUUUAUGCCACAAUAAAAGGUAGGCUAAAACAUUUUUAAAGUUAAAUGACAAAUCUUUACGACUAGUCCCAUAGAGAUCCUAUUGAGUUAAUAGGGAUUGUAUAUGUAAUUCUAUGAUUAGGCAUGUAAAGAAUGUGCUGACAUGUUAACAAACAACAUAUCCUAAAAACAGGACAGGUCAAAGUAAAAUGGACAAUAAGGAAUAGACAUCAGGCUACUCACUACUGCUGUCCAGGAGUUUCACCCCGUGGGGUAAAUUGUCAUGAUUAGCGGUUUCAAGUUUAUAUCUGUAAAAUAUUGACAAGCUAAUCAUGGCGAAAAAUAAAAUACUUUUGAUUUCCCAUUGCAAAUAGGCUCAGGAUAACUCCUGAUAAAGUUGGGUAGCUGAUAUUCAGAGCUUAAAUCGUCAAAUUGAUUAGUCACAGGACUCAGGACUAAUAAAGCCAAUGCAACAGCCUUUUACAAACGGUGGGCCUACCACAUGUAUGGGCAAUCCUAAAAUUCCAUUGCAGGAAGACAUGGUAGGCUACACCCCAGUAAGCGUGGACCGACUCCAACGUCUUCUUUUGGUCCUGUCCGGACCGGGCGUCUUUUUUAGGUGUUUUACAAAUGGUAGGCCUACCACAUAGAUGGGCAUUCAUACAUUUCAACUUUAGGUGACACUAGGCUACACGUCAGUAAGCACAGACCGACACUGAUGCCUUUUGGACAUAUUUUUUGGUGCUGUCCGGACUGGCCUUAAUUUCCACGUCCACAGACGUUGGUUUUUAGUCCGGACCAAAUCUGAACCAAUCAUAGACAUCUAUGUUUGGUUCAGAUUUUGUCCGGUCUGGACCGGCCUUGAUUUGGUCCAAACAUAGGCGUCUAUAAAUGACGUCUUUUCAACUUUCAUUCAGACCCUAAAAUGUACCUGAUUUCAACGUCCAGAAAAUGUAUUUUCAACAUACGGAAAAUACAUAUUUUCAACUUUCAUUCAGAACCGAAAAUGAACCUGAUUUCAACAAUCGGAGAAGACGUCUUUUCACUUUUCGUUCAACCUAAAUUGAACUUCAACGUCUGGAAAAUACGUAUUUUAUACGGACAAUUCUAUUAUUGUCUCGCCUGGGGCGGCAGAACAGCCAGGACUGGCCCUGAGCAAAACUUUUUGCAAUGCAAAAUGAAAACAAGCAUUUGUUUUUGGACAGGUUCAGGUAGUCCCUCCCUGUUUCAGUUAAUGUUCUUCUGUUUGGUGGCUUUCAUGACUCCAUCAACUGCAUGUUUAAUUGAUAUUUGGUUGUGUGAUGCUAAGGAAAUCUUAUCUCUGUGUCAGGUGUGCUGGGGUGCCCACGGAGCUGCCUGCAUGCCAUCCUGAGUCUGCUGCAGAGAGGCAGUGAGAGACGCUCGGGUCCCGUGGUCACCAGCCAGGCACCACACCUGGCUGAGCUCUGUUACCAGGUGAUCUACCAGCUGUGUGCGUGCUCGGACACAUCAGGCCCCACCAUGCGCUACCUAAGGACCAGCCAGCCAGCCAGGACUUCCUGUUCUCCCAUCUGCAGCACCUGCCCUUCAUUCUGCCAAGUGAGCUCUUCACUGUCAUCUCAAUACACUGUGUUCCUAUCCUGGUCUUCUGUCCUUCAUCUGCACUGAUCUGAAAACACAGGAUAGGUGGAAGCAAUAUGGCGGAUGCCAACCAGAGCAUUUGUACUCCUAAAAAGACCAAGUCGUCCUUUUUAACUGAGCUGCCAGAGAGGAAGGAAAUUACUCAGGGUGUCACUCUAUUCUCUCUAAACCGUGUCUCUCCCCCAACGCUCUCAGGUGAUGAGAUCUCUGCCCUGUCCCAGAUGUCCUGGCUCAUGAAGACGGCGGCCAUCGAGCUCAGAGUGACAUCAGUUAACCGCCAGCGCUCCCACACCCAGCGCCUCCUCAACCUUCUGCUGGAUGACCAGCCGCACACUCGGCACGCAGGUAAGACCUACAACUCGCGCACACACACACACACACACUCACUACACACAUGCACACACUAUGAAAGUUGUAUGCAUUGGAUGUAUUGUCAUUCAUUGAUGUAAGUGGGAUACGAGCAAAUGUGCAAAAAGCAGAAGCCUUUACAGUUAGUCUGUUUCUUUGAUUAGCUGAUGGGGAGACGGGCAUGGAGGAGUCGUCUAGAUCUGUCAGUGGAUUCCUGCAGUUUGACACCGUCUCCAAAGGUUAGGUCUAGUUCUUCAGUCUUCACAUAUUUUUGAAUCAUAAUGCAUUCUGUCACUCAAUAUCUGUUAUAGUCCUGGUUCUUCACACAAACAUAUUCUAGUAUGAAUCAUAUGCAUUCUGUCACUAUAGAGCCUGUGUAUUAGCAGUUUCAAAAGCCAAGGGUUUGUGUCUUGUUUAGCUAAUCAUGUACUCAUCCCCUGUCCCACGUCAUCAGUGCGCAGGAAGCUCCUCAGUGUGCUGGACGCCAUUGACUUCAGCCAGGACGUGCUUGAGCUGCUGCAGCUGGACUUCUUUGAGCGCAUUCAGAUCGAGCAGGUCAUCGCCAACUGCGAACACGUCAAUGAGCACGGACACAUGGUCUGCAACGUCAAGUUGGGCCUGGCUUUCAGUUUGCAUAUGUAACUCAACCUUGUUUUGAAGCAUUUUGUACUAUGUCAGUGGUCUUCUGUGUUUUAUCUAGAAUCAAUGUAAAGUUUUAUGAUGAUGUUGUUAUCUCCACAGUUGCUCCAUAGAGUCCUAGUAGCAGAGGUCAAUGCCCUCCAGGGAAUGGCAGCCAUUGGUCAGAGGCCACUGUUGAUGGAGGUGAGUGUUGACAACAUGAAUCAGAGGAUUGUAGUAUGGUCUUUUCUUUGCAGAAAAGGUGCUCAGGGUUCUGUUCAGACAGGUGAAAUGUUACAGAAAGUUCAGAUAGAAAUAGAUUUCGUUAAAAAAAAUAAGAUUUUCUGUCAUGUAAAUUUGACAAACGUGUCCAUCGCCUAAUGGAAUACACCCCUGAUGUGUGUGUGUGUGUGUGUGCGCUUCCCAGGAGGUGAACUCCAUCCUGCAGCAGGUGGUAGAGAGGAACCGUGUGCAUCGGAGCCUGAGUGCCAAGCAUCACACGCUGCAGUCGUGGAGAAUCUUGGUGGAGACCCUGCUUACUGCCUGCCCCGGGGACCUCAUCCCUGCUGACGACAGACAGCUCAUCAUCAGAUACCUGCUGCUGGACCUGCACGACAAGGUGUGUGUGUGUGUGGCAACUUUCAAAAAAUGUAUGCUGUCAGUCAGUGUAUUUAGGGUUGAGUAACCAGUACAGUUCUCCUGUCUCUCCCCAGGUGUUGUCAGAGGACGCAGCCGGGGAGCUCAUGCCCAACGUAGCCGGGGGAGUGUUCACCCUCACAACCCACCUCAGCCAAGCAGUGCUGUCAGAGCAGCAGCAGGGGGAGGGGCUGGAGGGAGGUUCGUCAUCGGGCUUUGCCUCCAUCGCCAACUCUGCUCUGCACCUGAUCCUGAGGAAGCUGCUAGACUUCAUCCUCUGUACCGGUGGUGGAUUCCUGCGUCUGCGUGCACACCUGUAUGGCUCUCUGCUGUACUACCUACAGAUCGCCCAGAAACCUGAGGAGCCAGAUACACUACAGCAAGGUACAGUUGAGCUACGGUAUUUGGGCAGAUACAGAACACUUGGAGAAUCAUCCAUUUUGGGACCCUCUGUAGUAGUGUGCAUUUGCUCUGUUCAUUGAUUGCGUUGUUUGCAAACCCUAACCUCUUUUUCGCCUCUCUUUCUCUUCUCCUUCCUUCUCUCCAGCGGGGAAGUCUAUCUGGGAGCGUCUGACUGCUCCUGAGGAUGGUUUCUCCAAGCUGCAGAGGGAGACCUGGCCAUUUUUGAGAGCUACGGCACCGCCCUCAUGGAGGUGGUGUGUAGGGAUGCCUGCGAUGGCCACGAGAUCGGCAGGGUAGGGACACAGCAGAUACACACUACAGCUCACCUACAAACCCAGCUGUCAGACCUGUUUCGGUCUAUACGUCUCAUCUCUCACAAUCCUUUCUUUAACUCACUGAUUGACAGUCUCUCCUGGUUUCUGUCUGACCAUAUCCCUCCAUCUCUUUCUGUCUGUGUUGACACACACACGCUAUCAAUGCGAUAUGCAAAUAUGUUGAACUCAGCUACCCCAAUGUACUAACAUCCUUUCUCUCUCUGUUAGAUGCUAGCCCUGUCCGUGCUGGACCGGAUCCUGUCCAUAGACCACCAGAGCCAGUGGCUGUUGUUUGUGUGUAACAGUGGCUACGUGCGUGUUUGGUGGAGAGCCUGAGACAGGACAAUGCAGCCCUGCAGACCCUGCUUAGCCCCCAGCCCCCUCUGUUCAAACCUCUCUACAUCUAUGAAAGCAAGAUGGUGAGGGAGGGAUCACACACACAAAUACAUAUAUACAGUACCAGUCAAAAGUUUGGACACACCUACUCAUUCAAGGGUUUUUCUUUAUUUGUACUAUUUUCUACAUUGUAGAAUAAUAGUGAAGACAUCAAAACUAUGAAAUAACACAUAUGGAAUCAUGUAGUAACCAAAAAAGUGUUAAACAAAUCAAAAUAUAUUUGAGAUUCUUCAAAGUAGCCACCCUUUGCCUUGAUGACAGCUUUGCACACUCUUGGCAUUCUCUCAACCAGCUUAAUGAGGUAGUCACCUGGAAUGCAUUUCAGUUAACAGGUGUGCCUUUAAAGUUAAUUUGUGGAAUUUCUUUCCUUCUUAAUGCGUUUGAGCCAAUCAGUCGUGUUGUGACAAGGUAGGGAUGGUAUACAGAAGAUAGCCCUAUUUGGUAAAAGACAAAGUCCAUAUUAUGGCAAGAACAGCUCAAAUAAGCAUAAAGAAUCGACAGUCCAUCAUUACUUUAAGACAUGAAAGUCAGUCAAUACGGAACAUUUCAAGAACUUUGAAAGUUUCUUCAAGUGCAGUCGCAAAAACAAUCAAGCGCUAUGAUGAAACUGGCUCUCAAGAGGACCGCCACAGGAAACGAAGACCCAGAGUUACCUCUGCUGCAUUAGAGUUAACUGCACCUCAGAUUGCAGCCCAAAUAAAUGCUUCACAGAGUUCAAGUAACAGACACAUCUCAACAUCAAUUGUUCAGAGGAGACUGCGUGAAUCAGGCCUUCAUGGUCGAAUUGCUGCAAAGAAACCACUACUAAAGGACACCAAUAAGAAGAAGAGACUUGAUUGGGCCAAGAAACACGAGCAAUGGGCAUUAGACUGGUGGAAAUCUGUCCUUUGUUCUGAUGAGUCCAAAUUUGCGAUUUUUGGUUCCAUCCGCCGUGUCUUUGUGAGACACAGAGUAGGUGAACGGAAAGAUCUCCGCAUCAGUUUUUCACAAUUCCUGACAUUUAAUCCUAGUAAAAAUUCCCUGUCUUAGGUCAGUUAGGAUCACCACUUUAUUUUAAGAAUGUGAAAUGUCAGAAUAAUAGUAGAGAGAAUUAUUUAUUUUAGUUUUUAUUUCUUUCAUCACAUUCCCAGUGGGUCAGAAGUUUACAUACACUCAAUUAGUAUUUGGUAGCAUUGCUUUUAAAUUGUUUUAACUUGGGUCAAACAUUUUGGGUAGCCUUCCACAAGCUUCCCACAAUAAGUUGGGUGAAUUUUGGCCCAUUCCUCCUGACAUAGCUGGUUUAACUGAGUCAGGUUUGUAGGCCUCCUUGCUCGCACACGCCUUUUCAGUUCUGCCCACAAAUGUUCUAUAGGAUUGAGGUCAGGGCUUUGUGAUGGCCACUCCAAUACCUCGACUUUGUUGUCCUUAAGCCAUUUUGCCACAACUUUGGAAGUAUGCUUGGGGUCAUUGUCCAUUUGGAAGACCCAUUUGCGACCAAGCUUUAACUUCCUGACUGAUGUCUUGAGAUGUUGCUUCAAUAUAUCCAGAUAAUUUUCCUUCCUCAUGAUGCCAUCUAUUUUGUGAAGUGCACCAGUCCCUCCUGUUCCUCGGCUUGCAAGCCACCUCCUUUUUCCUCCAAACAUAACGAUGGUCAUUAUGGCCAAACAGUUCUAUUUUUGUUUCAUCAGACCAGAUGACAUUUCUCCAAGAAGUACGAUCUUUGUCCCCAUGUGCAGUUGCAAACCGUAGUCUGGCUUUUUUAUGGCGGUUAUGGAGUAGUAGCUUCUUCCUUGCUGAGUGGCCUUUCAGGUUAUGUUGAUAUAGGACUUGUUUUACUGUGGAUGUAGAUAAUUUUGUACCUGUUUCCUCCAGCAUCUUCACAAGGUCCUUUGCUGUUGUUCUGGGAUUGAUUUGCACUUUUCGCACCAAAGUACGUUCAUCUCUAGGAGACAAAACGCGUCUCCUUCCUGAGCGGUAUGACGGCUGCGUGGUCCCAUGGUGUUUAUACUUCCGUACUAUUGUUUGUACAGAUGAACAUGGUACCUUCAGGCGUUUGGAAAUUGCUCCCAAGGAUGAACCAGACUUGUGGAGGUCUACAAUUUUUUUUCUGAGGUCUUGGCUGAUUUCUUUUGAUUUUCCCAUGAUGUCAAGCAAAGAGGCACUGAGUUUGAAGUUAGGCCUUGAAAUACAUCCACAGGUACACCUCCAAUUGACUCAAAGGAUGUCAAUUAGCCUAUCAGAAGCUUCUAAAGCCAUGACAUCAUUUUCUGGAAUUUUCCAAGCUGUUUAAAGGCAUCGUCAACUUAGUGAAUGUAAACUUCUGACCCACUGGAAUUGUUAUACAGUGAAUUAUAAGUGAAAUAAUUUUUCUGUAGUCGCUCUGGAUAAGAGCGUCUGCUAAAUGACGUAAUGUAAUGUAAACAAUUGUUGGAAAAAUUACUUGUGUCAUGCACAAAGUAGAUGUCCUAACCGACUUGCCAAACUAUAGUUUGUUAACAAGAAAGUUGUGGAGUGGUUGAAAAACGAGUUUUAAUGACUCCAACCUAAGUGUAUUUAAACUUCCGACUGCUGAUUUUGUACGUUUGCCCACUGACAAAGACAUGAUCAGUCUAUAAUUUUAAUGGUAGGUUUAUUUGAACAGUGAGAGACAGAAUUACAACAGAAAAAUCCAGAAAAAAAUGCAUGUCAAAAAUUUUAUAAAUUGAUUUGCAUUUUAAUAAGGGAAAUAAGUAUUUGACCCCCUCUCAAUCAGAAAGAUUUCUGGCUCCCAGGUGUCUUUUAUACAGGUAACGAGCUGAGAUUAGGAGCACACUCUUAAAGGGAGUGCUCCUAAUCUCAGUUUGUUACCUGUAUAAAAGACACCUGUCCACAGAAGCAAUCAAUCAAUCAGAUUCCAAACUCUCCACCAUGGCCAAGACCAAAGAGCUCUCCAAGGAUGUCAGGGACAAGAUUGUAGACCUACACAAGGCUGGAAUGGGCUACAAGACCAUCGCCAAGCAGCUUGGUGAGAAGGUGACAACAGUUGGUGUGAUUAUUCGCAAAUGGAAGAAACACAAAAUAACUGUAAAUCUCCCUCGGCCUGGGGCUCCAUGCAAGAUCUCACCUCGUGGAGUUGCAAUGAUCAUGAGAACGGUGAGGAAUCAGCCCAGAACUACACGGGAGGAUCUUGUCAAUGAUCUCAAGGCAGCUGGGACCAUAGUCACCAAGAAAACAAUUGGUAACACACUACGCCGUGAAGGACUGAAAUCCUGCAGCGCCCGCAAGGUCCCCCAAGAAAGCACAUAUACAGGCCUGUCUGAAGUUUGCCAAUGAACAUCUGAAUGAUUCAGAGGAGAACUGGGUGAAAGUGUUGUGGUCAGAUGAGACCAAAAUCGAGCUCUUUGGCAUCAACUCAACUCGCCGUGUUUGGAGGAGGAGGAAUGCUGCCUAUGACCCCAAGAACACCAUCCCCACCGUCAAACAUGGAGGUGGAAACAUUAUGCUUUGGGGGUGUUUUUCUGCUAAGGGGACAGGACAACUUCACCGCAUCAAAGGGACGAUGGACGGGGCCAUGUACUGUCAAAUCUUGGGUGAGAACCUCCUUCCCUCAGCCAGGGCAUUGAAAAUGAGUCGUGGAUGGGUAUUCCAGCAUGACAAUGACCCAAAACACACGGCCAAGGCAACAAAGGAGUGGCUCAAGAAGAAGCACAUUAAGGUCCUGGAGUGGCCUAGCCAGUCUCCAGACCUUAAUCCCAUAGAAAAUCUGUGGAGGGAGCUGAAGGUUCGAGUUGCCAAACGUCAGCCUCGAAACCUUAAUGACUUGGAGAAGAUCUGCAAAGAGGAGUGGGACAGAAUCCCUCCUGAGAUGUGUGCAAACCUGGUGGCCAACUACAACAAACGUCUGACCUCUGUGAUUGCCAACAAGGGUUUUUUGCCACCAAGUACUAAGUCAUGUUUUGCAGAGGAGUCAAAUACUUAUUUCCCUCAUUAAAAUGCAAAUCAAUUUAUAACAUUUCUGACAUGCGUUUUCUGGAUUUUUUUGUUGUUAUUCUGUCUCUCACUGUUCAAAUAAACCUACCAUUAAAAUUAUAAACUGAUCAUGUCUUUGUCAGUGGGCAAACGUACAAAAUCAGCAGGGGAUCAAAUACUUUUUCCCCUCACUGUAUAUACACACACACACACACUAAACAAUGCAGCCCGUACUGCUAAAACACUUCUACAUGCAAGAUGGUAUGGCAACUGCUCGGCCUCCGACCACAAGGCACUACAGAGGGUAGUGCGUAUGGCCCAGUACAUCACUGGGGCCAAGCUUCCUGCCAUCCAGGACCUCUAUACCAGGCGGUGUCAGAGGAAGGCCCUCAAAAUUGUAAAAGACUCCAGCCACCCUAGUCAUAGACUGUUCUCUCUGCUACCGUACGGCAAGUGGUACCGGAGCGCCAAGUCUAGAUCCAAAAGGCUUCUCAACAGCUUCUACCCCCAAGCCAUAAAACUCCUGAACAGCUGAUCAUGGCUACCCGGACUAUUUGCACUGCCCCCCCACCCCAUCUUUUUACGCUGCUGCUACUCUGUUAAUUAUUUAUGCAUAGUCACUUUAACUAUACCUACAUGUACAUAUUACCUCAACUAGCCGGUGCCCCCGCACAUUGACUCUGCACCGGUACCCCCCUGUAUAUAGCCUCCCUACUGUUAUUUUAUUUUACUUCUGCUCUUUUUUUCUCAACACUUUUUUGUUUUAUGUUACUUUUUAUUAAAAAAUAAAUGUAUUGUUGGUUAAGGGCUGUAAGUAAGCAUUUCACGGUAAUGUCUACAUCUGUUGUAUUCGGCACAUGUGGCAAAUAAAAUUUGAUUUGAUUUGAAGAUUGCGUUGGAUCGUAGACUCCCCCUCUGCACAUCUGGCCAUAUGGUGCAGGAGCACACACACAUACCCUGAAUCUAACCCAAUGCUCUUUGUAUGUUUUAGGCCCUGUUGACACAGGUAGCUAAGACAGGCCAGGGAGCCAUGGAGCUGCUGCGAUGUGGCCUGGUGGCUCGGCUGGUGGAGUGUCAGGUGUUUGACAUGGUGCCUGACAGCGACUCACACAGGUAAUAAUGGAGGGAUGGAUAGAGAGAGUGAGUUACGGAAACGUUUCCGUAUUGACUAAUUUAAUAAUGUUGUAGAAAUUACUUAUAAUAUCUGAUACCUUUCUCUGUGUGUGUGUGUGUGUGUGUGUGUGUGUGUGUGUGUGUGUGUGUAGGGUGUUUGGUCAGAGGGACCCAUCAGGGUUCAUCCUCAGCCCUCUGGACCGCUACAGACAGAUCCUAAUACCUGCUCUUAGGCUGUUCAAGGUCAUCCUCACCUCCACCACCACACACCACCAGCAGGGGGCAGCACAGGUAAGGCCUCAACAAUAGAAUUAGCAAAUACAGCAGCCUACAAUAACCUUUGCCCUGAAGCCUCCGUAGGCACCAUAAUAAUAAUAAUAAUAUGCCAUUUAGCAGACGCUUUUAUCCAAAGCGACUUACAGUCAUGCGUGCAUACAUCAAAUCAAAUCAAAUUUUGUUGGUCACAUGCGCCGAAUACAACAGGUGCAGACAUUACAGUGAAAUGCUUACCUACAGCCCUUAACCAACAGUGCAUUUAUUUUUAACAAAAAAAGUGUUGAGAAAAAAAAGAGCAGAAGUAAAAUAAAGUGACAGUAGGGAGGCUAUAUAUACAGGGGGGUACCGUUGCAGAGUCAAUGUGCGGGGGCACCGGCUAGUUGAGGUAGUUGAAGUAAUAUGUACAUGUGGGUAGAGUUAAAGUGACUAUGCAUAAAUAAUUAACAGAGUAGCAGCAGCGUAAAAAAGAUGGGGUGGGGGGGCAGUGCAAAUAGUCCGGGUAGCCAUGAUUAGCUGUUCAGGAGUCUUAUGGCUUGGGGGUAGAAGCUGUUGAGAAGUCUUUUGGACCUAGACUUGGCACUCCGGUACCGCUUGCCGUGCGGUAGCAGAGAGAACAGUCUAUGACUAGGGUGGCUGGAGUCUUUGACAAUUUUGAGGGCCUUCCUCUGACACCGCCUGGUAUAGAGGUCCUGGAUGGCAGGAAGCUUGGCCCCAGUGAUGUACUGGGCCGUACGCACUACCCUCUGUAGUGCCUUGCGGUCGGAGGCCAAGCAGUUGCCAUACCAGGCGGUGAUGCAACCAGUCAGGAUGCUCUCGAUGGUGCAGCUUUUUUGAGGAUCUGAGGACCCAUGCCAAAUCUUUCCAGUCUCCUGAGGGGGAAUAGGCUUUGUCGUGCCCUCUUCACGACUGUCUUGGUGUGUUUGGACCAUGAUAGUUCGUUGGUGAUGUGGACACCAAGGAACUUGAAGCUCUCAACCUGUUCCACUACAGCCCCGUCGAUGAGAAUGGGGGCGUGCUCAGUCCUCUUUUCUUUCCUGUAGUCCACGAUCAUCUCCUUUGUCUUGGUCAUGUUGAGGGAGAGGUUGUUGUCCUGGCACCACACGGCCAGGUCUCUGACCUCCUCCCUAUAGGCUGUCUCAUCGUUGUCGGUGAUCAGGCCUACCACUGUUGUGUCGUCGGCAAACUUAAUGAUGGUGUUGGAGUCGUGCCUGGCCAUGCAGUCAUGGGUGAACAGAGAGUACAGGAGGGGACUGAGCACGCACCCCUGAGGGGCCCCCGUGUUGAGGAUCAGUGUGGCAGAUGUGUUGUUACCUACCCUUACCACCUGGGGGCGGUCCUGGGGAUCGAACCCACUACGUUGGCGUUACAAGCGCCGUGCUCUACCAGCUGAGCUACAGAGGACCACAAUGGAGACUAGCCAUAGCUAUAGUAACCAUAGUUACAAUAACCCCAAAUUGACAAACCUAACAUAACCAUGAAUCUUUGUUUCUUUGUGUGCAGGUUCUCCAGUGGCUGAUCGUCCAUGCCGAUACCAUCCAGGGUCUGCUGCGCUGUCAGGAGCUCAGUAUGGGAGCGCUGCAGGAGCUCUCUCUGCUCACAGGCAUCAUCAGCAAGACCGCCCUGCCAGGUACACACAGCCACACCAGGGACUGUCACAACACCUAGCUGGAGGCACACCUGGUGUCUGGGUUCGGGACUAAUGUGAUUUUUAUGGGGCCAGUUUUGCCAAUGUCAGCUUUGUGGCCAGUUUUGCCAAUGUCAGCUUUGUGAUGGCCUUUGCGUGUUUGUGUUUUAGGAGCUGUUGAGGGACAGGAUGUGAACAGUGCCGUUCUACUGGAGUUCCAGGGUCACAUCAGCAGAUUCCAGGUAGAUACUUGCACCAUACUAACACCCUGCCUCACUUCUCUCUGUCGUUUCAGAAUCUUCACAUAGUCACAGCAUCAGUAGCUGGACAUAAAAGGACAUUAGUCCUGAUUGUAACUUAUCGGGUAAUGUAUUACAUGUAACAUGUCUCUCUCCCCUAGCGUCAGUGUCUGUCUCUUCUGGGUCGCCUGGCAGGGAGUGAGCGGGAGCGGCUGCUGAAGCAGGCAGAGAUUGCAGCCCCCGGGGAGCAUGCCAAGCGACGGGAGGAGAUGGAGGUGGCCAUGCAACAGGUACAAUAGAGAGAGAGAUGAAAAGAUGUAGCCUGUUCCCUGGUCUGUUUGUGCUGUCUUGCCAACUCAUAUGGUAACAAUGACCAUAGUAGUUGGCAAGACAUCACAAUCAGAUCUGAAACCAGGCUAUAAAGAUGCAGUUAGUCAGAGAAAUGACCUUGUGAUAACCCCCUGUGUUUACUGUGUUGUCCCCAGGUGUGUGCUAACAUCAUGGAGUACUGUCAGAACCUGCUGCUACAGAGCUCAUCCCAGGCCCAGUUCAGCAUCUGUCUCUUCAGCCCCUCAGUCAACGAACCAGCCAGCAGAGACUGCCGCACAGGUCAGACACUGUGUCUGUGUGCGCAUGAUUCAUGUGUGGGAGCUAACCCUAACCUGCCUCACACUUUUCUGUGUUGGUGUAGGCAUGACUUACACCAGGGCUCUCCAACCAUGUUCCUGGAGAGCUACCCUCCUGUAGGUUUUGACUCCAACCCCAUUCCUGGAGAGCUACCCUUCUGUAUGUUUUCACUCCAACCCCAGUUGUAACUAACCUGGUUCAGCUUAUCAACCAGCUAAUUAUUUGAAUCAGGUGCGAUAGAUUAGGGUUGGACUGAAAACCUACAGGAGGGUAGCUCUCCAGGAACAGGGUUGGAGUUAAAACCUACAGGAGGGUAGCUCUCCAGGAACAGGGUUGGAGUUAAAACCUAUAGGAGGGUAGCUCUCCAGGAACAGGGUUGGAGUUAAAACCUACAGGAGGGUAGCUCUCCAGGAACAGGGUUGGAGUUAAAACUUUCAGGAGGGUAGCUCUCCAGGAACAGGGUUGGAGUUAAAACCUACAGGAGGGUAGCUCUCCAGGAACAGGGUUGGGAGUUAAAACCUACAGGAGGGUAGCUCUCCAGGAACAGGGUUGGAGAGCCUUUACUUACAGAUUGCACACACCAAUCAGUCUUUGGGUUAAUUCACAUGCUCCUCUCAUCUCCCCUGCCUGUGUAUGACUAAACUCCUCUCCUGCCCUGUCUCAGACCUGGCCCUGCCCUCGGCCCCGUACUCUCGUGUGCCCAGCCUGGGCCUGGUGCUGUUCCUGCUGAAGAACAGCGCUGCAGACUUCUUCCGCUUCCACCAGAGCCACAGACAAGCUCUGGGAAAGCUGCAGAGCCUGGAGAAGCUACCCCCUGAGUAGCUCAAAGAGGUAACACACACACACACAUUCAACCUAUUGACAAGGUGAUAAAGUGCCUCAGCCCUAACCCUCCUCUCUAUCCCCGUCUCUCUGUUUGGUCUGUAGCUGUGCGCGGCCCUGGUGUCUGGUACUGGAGUAGAGAAGAUCUCCUCGGUCCAGAGGAGCCUCCUGGCCAAGAGACGCCUGGUCCAGCUCAUCAACAACAGAGCUAAGCUGCUGGCCCUCUGCUCCUGUAUCCUACCAUAUUAAAAUGAACCAGACGAAACCAGAUUUAGCCAGAUUAAAUCACACUUAGCCACACCAGACCAGACUGCUGUGCAGGGGUUAUGUAAAGGGACCGAGCUAAAUGUUUAGGGUUCAUCUCAGGGUGGUUUUGAUUUAGACGCCAGGACAGCGGAGUCACUGACCACCUUCCGGAGACACUUGAAACCCUACCUCUUUAAGGAAUACCUGGAAUAGUAUAACAGUAAUCCUUCUACUCCAUUUAAAAAAAACAAAAGGGUGGUUGUCCCACUGGCUAUCAUAAAUUGAAUGCACCAAUUUGCAAGUCGUCUGCUAAAUGACUUAAAUGUAAAUGUUGUAGGAUAAUUUUUUCCACAUUUUGUUACUUUACAGCCUUAUUCUAAAAUUGAUUAAAUUAAUUAUUUUCCUCAUCAGUCUACACACAAUACCCCAUAAUGACAAAGCGAAAACAGGUUUAGAAAUAUUUGCAAAUUUAUUAAAAAAUAAAAAAAACAUACCUUAUCUGAUACCUUAUCAGGUGCAUCCUGUUUCCAUUGAUCAUCCUUGAGAUGUUUCUACAACUUUAUUCGAAAUUGAGAUCAGGUGCAUCCUGUUUCCAUUGAUCAUCCUUGAGAUGUUUCUACAACUUUAUUCGAAAUUGAGAUCAGGUGCAUCCUGUUUCCAUUGAUCAUCCUUGAGAUGUUUCUACAACUUGAUUGGAGUCCACCUGUGGUAAAUUCAAUUGAUUGGACAUGAUCUGGAAAGGCACACACCUGUCUAUAUAAGGUCCCACAGUUGACAGUGCAUGUCAAAGCAAAAACCAAGCCAUGAGCUCGAAGGAAUUGUCUGUGGAGCUCCGAGACAGGAUUGUGUUGAGGCACAGUUCUGGGGAAGGGUACCAAAAAAUGUCUGCAGCAUUGAAGUCCUUAAGAACACAGUGGCCUCCAUCAUUCUUAAAUGGAAGAAGUUUGGAAGGACAACCAUCUCUUCCAGAAGGACAACCAUCUCUGCAGCACUCCACCAAUCAGGCCUUUAAGGUAGAGUGGCCAGAUGGAAGCCACUCUUCAGUAAAAGGCAUUUGACAGCCCGCUUGGAGUUUGCCAAAAGGCACCUAAAGACUCUCAGACCAUGAGAAACAAGAUUCUCUGGUCUGAUGAAACCCAGAUUGAACUCUUUGGCCUGAAUGGCUGGCGUCACGUCUGGAGGAAACCUGGCACCAUCCCUACAGUGAAGCGUGGUGGUGGCAGCAUCAUGCUGUGGGGAUAUUUUUCAGCGGCAGGGACUGGGGGACUAGUCAGGAUCGAGGGAAAGAUGAACGGAGCAAAGUACAGAGAGAUCCUUGAUGAAAACCUGCUCCAGAGUGCUCAGGACCUCAGACUGGGGCGAAGGUUCACCUUCCAACAGGACAACGACCCUAAGCACACAGCCAAGACAACGCAGGAGUGGCUUCGAGACAAGUCUCUGAUUGUCCAUGAGUGGCCCAGCCGGAGCCCGGACUUGAACCCGAUCGAACAUCUCUGGAGUGACCUGAAAAUAGCUGUGCAGCGACGCUCCCCAUCCAACCUGAGAGUUUGAGAGGAUCUACAGAAAAGAAUGGGAGAAACUCCCCAAAUACAGGUGUGCCAAGCUUGUAGUGUCAUACCCAAGAAGACUUGAGGCUGUAAUCACUGCCAAAGGUGCUUCAACAAAGUACUGAGUAAAGGGUCUGAAUACUUAUGUAAAUGUGAUAUUUACAUUUUCUUUUUUAUAUACAUUUUCAAACAUUUCUACAAACCUGUUUUUGCUUUGUUAUUAUGGGGUGAAUGUGUAGAUUCAUGAGAAAUAAAAACAAUUUAAUCAAUUUUAGUAUAAGGCUGUAACGUAACAAAAUGUGGAAAAGGUCAAGGGGUCUGAAUACUUUCUGAAUGUGCUGUAUGAUUGUUGGAAUGUCCUGAGCUGUAGCUAGUUCAUGUAAAUGUAAAAUUGAACAUUUCUUUGGAAAUGCUGUCAUAGUAAGUGGUGAGAAUGUGAGAAAUGCCUUGACCUAACCACACCUGAGAUGUGAUUGAGACCUGCCUGUUUGUGCUGUGGCGUCACCUGGAGUACUACCUGUUGUACUGCACCCCCACCGACCCCAAGGACUCCCUGAUGCCUGGAGCCAGCGCUUACAGAUCACGCCUGACAGACGGUGAGACUCUCCCCAGGCUCAAAUAAUCCUGUCUGGAUAUUAAGAUGGACUGGCUUUUGGUAGAAGUCGCCCUUAAUCACAGAUCCAGGAUACGAUAACCCUACCCUCAAGCCUAACCUUGAUCAUGAGGUGAAUGAAAUAAUAUCUGACCCUGUAUCAGUGGGCAACUUCCACCUACUCCAGAUGACAGCAGAAAAUGUGACUUAAAUGGUGUUUCUCCUGUGUUCCCCAGACUCGUUUGGACGUGCCCUGGGUCUGUCCAGAGUCAGCCAGCAAGACCUGGAGCAGGUAAGAGCCUUGAUCCUGUGGUGACUAGAUUACACUAACAGUGGUGAGAAAGACAGUUCUUUGAAAAUCUGCAGGGAUGAGGAUGCAGGCAUAGGAUUUGUGUGUGCUUACCUUCAGAGUGGCAGACCGUUUUCAAGUGUUGUGUGAGUUAGUUUUCAGUAAGACUGACUCUUCUCUCCCCUGUGUGUCUCCAGCUGCAGAGUGACAUGGGGGCAGGCUUUGGUGAGGCUCUACAGAGGAAGUUGCAGGAGGUGGAGGGGCUGUACAGCCAGGUCCGCUCCCGUUCCACCUUCAUCCAGGCCCUGGUACGCAGGAUACGAGGCCUGCUCCGCCAGCCCAAGAGCUGAAACACUCAACGACCCAUACAACAAACAUGACCU